CUCCUUGUCACUGACCUUCCAUAUCCAAGACUCCCCUCUCCUCGCUUCCAGCGACACUACCCUGCAUCCCAUCACGCUAAAACCCCCUACGUAAUAGCAUCCCUACCAUGCGUAUUAAUAUUCCAACCGUCAUCCUCUCGUUGGCGGUCGCAUCUUCUGUCUACGCGGCCCCUACUCCUGUUCAACUCGAAAAGAGAGGAGUUGUUUUGGACAAUCUGAAGGAGUUAUUCACCAAGGCCAUCAAAAGCCUUGAGUGCGGUGCGUGUGUUGCAGCCCUUGUUGGUGCCAAGGACGUUGCCUAUUUGAACAAGAGCUGGGUCCUGGACGCUGCUGCUGGUCUCUGCUCAGAAUUCAAGAUCAUGCCCAAGGACGUCUGCACUGGUUUGGUUUAUACCCAAGGUCCCGUGCUCGUCAAUGCUCUGAUGCAAGCAAGUCUGCUCUCUGGAGAUGGAAAGCACCUCUGCCAUCAAGUCUUGGGCGCUUGCCCCGCCCAAGGCGUCUCGUCUGGAACCCUCACUUUCCCCAAGCCCAAGCCAGCCAAUGUUGCCUCACCCACCCACAGCGGCAACCUUGUGGAUGUCCUGCACCUGUCCGACUGGCACGUCGAUAACGAGUAUGUCCCUGGCGCAGAGGGCGACUGCAACAGACCUCUAUGCUGCCGCAAGUAUGCCGAUUCUCCCGCAACACCCAAGCGUGCCGCAUCCACCUGGGGAGACUACAAGUGCGAUUCUCCCGUUAAAUUGGGACAGGAUCUGCUUAAAUAUGUCCCCAAGGUCGCCAAUGUCAGUUUCACGAUCCUCACAGGAGACGUCCCUCCACAUGACGUCUGGAAGCAGAACAAGGAGUCGGUUGUCAUCGUAGAGGAGGUCGCAUACAGCACAAUGAAGGCUGGCUUGUCCAGCAAGGUCUACCCCACUGUUGGUAACCAUGAGACUGGUCCUACCAACCUGUUCCCAACCAAAGCUUCUGGUGGUGACAUCUCUUGGUUGUACGCGAGCCUUGCCGACGACUGGUCUCGUUGGCUGCCUGCUGAUGCCGUGAACUCUGUCAAGAACUAUGGUGCUUACACUGUCAGCCCUACUCCUGGCUUCCGCAUCAUCUCCCUCAACACCAACUUCUGCUACACCAUGAACUUCUACCUUUACGGACACACCGAUGAUUACGAUCCCAAUGGCGAACUCAAGUGGCUGGUCACUCAGCUCCAGGCUGCUGAGGAUGCCGGUGAGCGUGUUUGGAUUAUCAGCCACGUCGGUCCCUCGCAGACUGAUUGCUUGCAGAACUGGUCCGCUCUCUACUACCAGGCCGUCCAGCGCUACUCUCCCCAUGUCAUUGCUGAACAGUUCUUCGGACACACUCACUAUGAUGAGUUCGCGCUCUACUAUGGACCUGGCGCUAAGAACACUCAGAACGCCAUCGCUACUGGCUGGAUUGGACCUUCCGUCACGCCUUACACUGACCUCAAUCCUGGCUUCCGUGUCUACAAGGUCGACACCAAGAGCUGGAACGUGUUCGAUGCCCAGACCUAUAUUGCUGACCUCAACCAGGCCGCCUCCUGGGAUGCGUCUGGUUCGUCUCCCAACUGGCACCUGGAAUACUCUGCUCGUAAGGCCUAUGGUGCGUAUGCUCCCAUCGCCGACAAUGCUCCUCUGAGCGCGUCGUGGUGGCACAACGUCACCGCUGCUUUCGAGAGCAAUGACGCUGCUUUCCAGCAGUACUGGACCUACCGCGGCAAGUCUGCGGGUCGCCAGGCUGCUUGCGCAGCUGGAGGCCCUUGCCCCAAGGAGAUCAUCUGCAACUUACGUGCAGGCAGGAGCUCGGACGCCUGCAGCGGCGUCCAUUUCUCGCUCAAGCGUAGUGAUGAGGCCGAGGCUUCUGACGCCACUGGUCUUCACAGCCUUUACAAGCGUGCUGAUCCUAAGCCCUGGAACAAGAAGCUCUGCGGAUUAACUCCCGAGCUGUGAAAAAAAAGUAUGAUACCAAUAGUUAUUUAUUGAUGGAGUAAAUAUUUCCAUGAUAUAUCCCCCAAGAAAGUGCUGUCAACAUUUGAGGAAAAAAACAAAUAAAAAGGCGCGUCGAGCGUUACACCAGAACAUUUCGUCAGCCAGGCACCCAAGGCG